GUGGAUCAGCAGUCGCAAGUAGAAUAUCAACCGGGAAAGCCGAAAGACUGGAGCUCAGUUUUAUAUAAAAACAUUUUAUACAGUAACCCAUAAAAACAAAUGUUAUCACCAAAGUUCUUGCUCCUCUGGACAAUCACUGGCCUGCAAUGGCUAGCCUAUGCAGAUGGUGACCCCAUGAUAGAGGUCUUCAAAUGGAAACAAAUGGACUUCUACAACCGCGGAGAUGGAUACAGGGACUUGUGGAACAGGCUUUGUAUACCAGAUCCUCAUGUCUACAAUUCACGUCCACCAUGCUUGGGCUCUUCCAACUCCGGUGGCAGCCGUAAUGGUACCUUCAUCCAAUACAACAAUGUGCCCCAGGGGGUAACUCACUUUCGAGGACGUCUCUUUGUCACCACGCCCCGGCGCCAGCAGGGAAUACCCUCCACCUUGAACUACAUCGAUCUGGCCAAGGAUGGUUGGAGCCAGAGUCCCAAUCUCCGAGCCUAUCCCAACUUUGCCUUGAAUCAGUAUAACGUGAGUGUGGAGAACCUGGUGUCUGUCUACAGGACCACCGUGAAUGCUUGCCAGCGCCUGUGGUUCGUCGAUACUGGAAUGCUGGAGUACCCAAAUAAUCGCCAACAAAUCCGUCGUCCCAGCAUUUGGAUUGUUGACCUGGCCACCGAUCGAGUGCUGAAGCGAUUUGAAAUCCCGCAGAGCAUUGUGGAGAUUGGGCGCGGAUUGGCCAGCAUCACCAUCGAUGUGGAGUCGCGAAAGUGCGGUGAAGCCUAUGCCUAUAUUCCGGAUCUGGUCAACCGCCUGUUGCACGUUUAUAGCCUUCGAAACGACAGAAUUUGGUCCUUCAAGCACAGCUCCUUUAACUUUGAUCCGCUUUCCGAUGAUCUGAACAUUGGCGGGCAGAUCUUCCGCUGGGAUGACGGCAUUUUCUCCACGACUUUGGGACCUUAUCAACCAGAUGGCAGCCGGGAAGUGUACUUCCAUCCCAUGGCCAGCACAAAUGAGUUUGUGGUUUCCAACCGGGUUCUGCAGCAGGAGUCCAAUGCAGCUCGCUCUGACCACGGCAAUGAUUUCCGGCUCCUCGGAAGCCGCGGUCCAUCCACGCAGUCCACGAUGCACAAGUACGACCCAAACACCGGUGUGAUCUUCUACGCCGAGGUCCAGAGGAGCGGAGUGGGCUGCUGGAAGACCAGCAAGCCGUUCUCAGCGGAGAACCAUGGAUCUGUAUACUCCAACGCCACGGAAAUGAUUUACCCCAGCGACUUGACGAUUGACGAGGAGGGCACCAUUUGGGUCAUGUCCAACUCCAUGCCCAUCUUCGUCUACUCGAGGCUGGACACGGAGCAGUACAACUUCCGAGUCUGGAAGCAAAAGGCUUCGCUGGCCAAGAGGGGAACGGCUUGCGAGUGAUUUG